AAGGAGAGAAAGGAAAGCGCGAGGACCAUCCGCCACCACCAGCGCAGCCGUGCCGGAGCCGCGAGGAGCCCCGGGCCGCCGCCCCCUCCCUCCUUCCCGCCGUCGGUCGUCCGCGUCCUCGGACCUGUUCCAACAAUUAUUUAAAACAUGGUGGAUUACUAUGAUGUUUUAGGCGUGCAGAGACAUGCUUCAGCCGAGGAUAUUAAAAAGGCGUACCGAAAACUGGCACUAAAGUGGCACCCAGAUAAAAACCCUGAGAAUAAAGAAGAAGCAGAGAGAAAAUUCAAACAAGUAGCUGAGGCGUAUGAGGUGUUGUCAGAUCCUAAAAAGCGGGACAUCUAUGACAAAUAUGGCAAAGAAGGAUUAAAUGGUGGAGGAGGUGGAAGUCAUUUUGACAAUCCAUUUGAUUAUGGCUUCACAUUCCGUAAGCCCGAGGAUGUCUUCAGGGAAUUUUUUGGUGGAAGAGACCCCUUUAGAUUUGACUUCUUUGGGUGCGAGGAGAUGGCCAGUGAGGACUUGGAGCCUAGUGAAGACCUAGAGCAGCCAGCAGUUGAGACGGUGGAGGACAGCGGGAGUGAAGAGGACUGUGAGGCGCUGGAGCUGAUCUCCAGCGAGGACCUGGAUGUCUCUAGUGAGGAUGAGGCCAGCGAGGGCCACAGCCGGGGCCAGGGCGAGCCCCUCAGUGAGGAGCUGGAGCCCAUCUCCAGCGAGGAGGAGGCCAGCCCUGGGGACGAGGGGGAGCUCAGCGAGGAGUGUGAGGAGGAGUAUGAGGAGCAGCUGCUGAGCGAGGAGGAGCACAGUGGGUCAGAGCUGGGCCUGCCUCUCCUGCCACAGUCAAGUGUCACAGGGGCUCUGGGCUCUUUUUACAAGAAGGCUUACUUUACCUAG